AUGGUUGGCUCGGCAUCUUUUGUCAAGGCUCUGCCCUUGUUGGCGGUCGCUGCUGUCGCUAGCGUGAACUAUCCCACUCUUCCUAGUGACCUGACCACUCCUUUCCAGCAGCGUCUCGCUGUCUAUGGGCCGAAUGCUGUCUCCGUGGGUUGGAACACGUAUGAGCAGCUCAGCCAGAGCUGUGUGGCCUAUGGUACCUCUGCCGAUAGCCUGACCUCGCAGGCCUGCUCGACUACUUCCAGCACCUACUCGACCUCCCGAACAUGGUCGAACUAUGCAGUGUUGACCGGCUUGACUCCUGCCACGACCUACUACUACAAGAUUGUGUCCGGCAACUCCAGCGUGGAUUACUUCCUGAGCCCCCGUAUUCCCGGCGACAAGACCGCAUUCAGUAUGGACGUGGUUAUCGACAUGGGCGUCUACGGCAAGGAUGGCUAUACUGUCUCUAAGAGAGAUAGUCCACCAGUGAUUGAGCCGGAGCUGAACCACACCACCAUCGGAGCUCUUGCACGGACCAUCGAUGACUACGAGAUUGUCAUCCACCCCGGUGACUUUGCCUACGCCGACGACUGGUAUCUCAAGUUCUCCAACAUUUUCGACGGAAAGGAGGCCUACCAGGCCAUCCUCGAGCAGUUCUACGACCAACUUGCCCCCAUUGCCGGUCGCAAGUUGUACAUGGCCAGCCCCGGAAACCACGAGGCUGACUGCUCAGAGAUCCCCUACCUGCUCGACCUGUGCCCGGAAGGCCAGAAGAACUUCACCGACUUCAUGCACCGAUUCGAGAACACUAUGCCAAAGCCGUUCGCCUCCUCCUCUUCCAACACCACGGCCCAGUCUCUCGCCGCACAGGCCCGCAGUCUCGCCAACCCACCCUUUUGGUACUCCUUCGAGUACGGCAUGGCCCACAUCGUCAUGAUCAACACCGAGACUGACUUCCCCAACGCACCCGAUGGAACCGACGGCUCGGCCAAGUUGAACAGCGGACCCUUUGGCAAGACCAACCAGCAAACCGACUUCCUCAAGGCGGACCUGGCCAGCGUUGACCGCAGCGUUACUCCCUGGGUCAUCGUGGCCGGCCACCGCCCCUGGUACAGCACCGGCACGGGCAACGACUGCACCGAGUGCCAAGCCGCAUUCGAGGACAUCUUCUACCAGUACGGCGUGGAUCUGGGUGUCUUCGGCCACGUGCACAACUCGCAGCGCUUUGCGCCGGUGUACAACGGCACCGCGGACGCCAACGGAAUGAACGACCCCAAGGCCCCGAUGUAUAUCGUUGCCGGUGGUGCCGGUAACAUCGAGGGUCCGGAUGCUCCAGGCGUCGAGCCUUCCUACACCGAGUUUGCCUACGGGUCUGGCUACAGCUACGCCACUGUUCGGUUCGUGGAUGAGCAGCAUCUCCAGGUUGACUUUUACCAGUCCUCCAAUGGCACCCUGCUGGACUCUAGCACUCUGUACAAGAGCCACGCCGCCCAGUUUGUCCAGCAGUAG